AUGUAUUCCGUAUCUUUCAUCACUCUUGCCGUCCUUGCCUUGCUUGGUCAGCUCAUCCUAGCUAACCCAGACUCCACUCCCCGCCAAACCAUGAAAUGCACCAACUACAACGGUGCCAAUACUACAUCUGCAACUUGCGACGACUUGCCAGAUGUCAAGUGUAUCGGAGGGUGUAGAGGCACUCCUGCUGUCGCUGAAGGAUGUCAAGUAUCCGACGGUUCAGACCCAGACCACAAAAUCCCGCUCAGCAAACAAAAGUGCGAUGUUGGGUUCGGUCGGGACACGCUUGCCAGUAAAUGUAAGCACCCACGAAAUAUUGAUGCACCAGCAGAGUCUCAGUUAAAACGUUGA